UCCGAGCUGGAAUUUUAUUAUGGUUAGUUGAAAUGAAGUAAAAAUUAUAUAACCUGCAAAUAUUAAUGUAACACUUCAUUUCCGACUUCACAGCUUUCGCGAACUUACGAUCCCGGCGUAUCGGCGGCGCGGCGGCGACUAUUGGAACAGAGCAAAAUGAUGAGGUUGCAAACCUAUGGAGGGAUUAGUUUAAUAGCUACACUGGCUGUUAUCUAUCAUGCAUUUAGUAGUAGAGGCCAGUUUUAUCCUGCAAUGGUUUACUUAUCUACUUCAAAGAUCAGUUUGGUGCUGCUUUUGAAUAUGGGCCUGGUUGUUAUGUGCAUUAUGUGGCAAUUAACAAAGAAGAUCUUCCUUGGCAAGUUACGAGAGGCAGAAGUGGAAAGGCUGAAUGAGCAGUCAUGGCGGGAAGUCAUGGAAAUACUGUUUGCAAUAACUAUCUUUAGACAAGAUUUUUCUGUUACAUUCAUUGCGAUGGUCACUGCUUUACUUUUGAUCAAAGCUUUGCAUUGGUUGGCCCAGAAGAGAGUUGAAUACAUUGAAACUACUCCGUCUGUUCCUAAGCUAGCUCAUAUCCGAAUUGUAUCUUUCAUGGGAUUCCUUCUCCUUCUUGAUUGUAGCUUUCUCUACAACUCAGUCAAGUAUCUGUUGGAAACCAAACAGGCUUCAGUUUCACUCUUCUUUUCAUUCGAAUACAUGAUAUUGGCCACAACAACUGUAUCAACUUUUUUGAAAUAUAUAUUCUACGUCAGUGACAUGCUUAUGGAUGGACAAUGGGAGAAGAAGGCUGUUUACACCUUUUACUUGGAGCUUGUGCGAGACUUGCUUCACUUGACUAUGUACAUGUGUUUCUUCCUCGUCAUUUUUGUGAAUUAUGGUGUGCCUCUACACUUGAUCCGGGAGCUGUAUGAGACUUUCCGUAACUUCAAGAUCCGUGUUGCUGAUUAUAUACGCUACCAGAAGAUUACUUCAAAUAUGAAUGAACGUUUCCCAGAUGCAACAUCUGAAGAGAUCAACUCGAGUGAUGCUACCUGCAUUAUUUGCCGAGAGGAGAUGACUACAGCAAAGAAACUUCUAUGUGGGCAUCUCUUUCAUGUUCACUGCCUCAGGUCAUGGUUAGAAAGACAAAAUACAUGCCCUACAUGCAGAGCACCUGUUGUACCACCUGAAAAUGGGACGACUACUACUGGAACGAGGGCUGGUGGGCAUCAACAAGGAACUAGCGCUACCGGUACAUCAUCUCAAGGCUCUAUCAGUGCUGGUGCAGCAAAUGGUAAUAUCAGUCAGCAUCAGGCUAGACUCCAAGCUGCUGCUUCUGCUGCAUCUAUAUAUCAGAAGUCUUUUGUUUAUCCUUCUCCAAGUACUCUAGCAUGGUCACCCGGACAUACAUUACUUCCUCAAACAGUUGGAUCUUCCAGCCACACUAUGACGGCUAAUGAUGGUGGAGAGGGAACUAUGAGUGGAUUUUUGCAACAAUACCAGCUUUCCAACACCACAUUUAUCCAGUCACCUCAUGGUACUUUUGUUCCUUCCGAAUUUGAGGGUCCUAAUGGGCAAUAUGGAGUAGGGAGUGCAUCAGGCUCUCAACAGGAUAUACAAGUUAAAUUAAUCGAGCGCCAGAUUGAGUUUCUACAACGGCAGCUCCAGCUUCUGCAAGCACCAGGCAGCGAGAAAAAAACGGACGCAGGAGCACCGGAUAUCAAAGGGAAGGCAGUAUCAUCACCAUCUUCGUCUAUUGUAGACUCUAGCGAGAUGGGCAACCCAGAGGCCGCAAACUAACAGGCCCCGUGGAAGUACAUCUGUGGUAGCUGCUGGACAGCACUUUUACUUUCAACGGUUGAUAUUCAAACUCUUUCGCCUUCAAAAUCGAACUACAUUACAUAUUCUGUAUUGAUACUGCCUGAGAGUCGCAUGUGAGUUGUAUCUUGAUUGUUGUUAGAGACGCCCUUCCAAAUACAGUACACGGCAUAGCGCGUAUUAAACCGGGGCUUUUUCGCUCGUUCCUCUCUUUCUCUCUAGAGUGGAAUGGAAGCACAUACUAAGGUGAGACAUUUGGGUGAAUUUUGCUGUAUUGUAUUUGUCUCUGUACAUACGGGGUAGUACUACAACAAUUGUAUUUUGACUUGAGCAAGCCAAUUUGGCUUAUUACUUGGUAAAAAAUUCGACUUCUUAUAUA